AUUAUUUAGAUACAACAAAAUCUCUUGCCAGAUUAGAUCCUAAUACACCAACCCCCGCUCAUGAUAUGGCAAUAGUUGGUGUAAUGAGAAAUAUACCUAAAAGUAUAAGUAUGGGUAGAAUAAUACCAAGUAUUAACAGAAGAAAA